AUGUUCAAGCUAGUUGCAUUUCUGGUGCUCUUUGUGGAAACAUCGUGGGCCCAGAAAGAUCCGCUGCAUGAUUUCUGCCGACGAUUUGGACAUCAGACCACCGUGGUGGAUCAAAAGCUCUUCAUAGACGGAGGCCAGGUUGAUUGGAACCCCAUAGCGCAGAACAAUCAAAACUAUACAAACACUUGGCUGCUCUACAAUGAUCUUAAUACGAGCCCCGCUGGAAUUGGAGUCCCUCAGCUCUAUGCGAACCUUUCGAAAAACUCGUCGAUUCCCGAUGUGACUGGAGGCAUAUUGUGGGGUGAUGAUGUGAACAAGAGGUUUUAUUUAUACGGAGGGGACUAUUCUGGAAUCUCGCCGAAUACCCCGAAUCUCCUGUCGUAUGAUCUUCUUUAUAAUCAAUGGGAGUCUUUCGGAGCUCCUAACACACCGAUACAAAGUGUAUCGUGGGGUGGUGGGGUAGGAAUUUCAGCGCUGGGACAAGGAUAUAUUUUGGGCGGAUGGUUGAGCAACAACUCGGUACCAGGCUGGACUGGUUCACCCUGGGCGACGAGUACAUUGAUCAAAUAUGAUAUGGACGCUGGAAUCUGGUCAAACAACACUGGCCCGGAUUCUACGCCGCGGGCGGAGGGUGUCAUGGUGUAUAUUCCAGCAAGCUACUCGGGGCUACUGGUUUAUUUUGGAGGAGUCACGGUUUUCAAUGGCAAUGGCACAAGUCUGUCGGCCUCAAUGAGUACCAUUCAUGUUUAUGAUAUUCAGAGCUCGAAAUGGUAUACCCAAACCGCUGUUGGGGAUGUGCCUUUGGCGAGAAGGAGGUUCUGUGCCGGUGUUGCUUGGGCACCAGAUAGAUCUUCAUAUAACAUAUAUCUCUACGGUGGCCAGGGAUUCGGCGCAAAUUCGACUGGCUUUGACGACGUUUAUAUUCUAAGCCUCCCCUCUUUUCAGUGGAUCAAGUGGUGGGAAGGAUCUGGAGUCGGUAAACCGCACCACUCUGUAACCUGCAACGUGGUUAACAGUGGUCAAAUGCUCAUUGUUGGAGGGACUUUUCCGCUCUCCGAUGAUUGCGAUAGCCCAACGACUUGGGGUACACACAAUCUCGAUCUCGGGAAACAAUCUGGGAAGAUGUGGAAUGACUACCAACUUAAUAUUAAGUCUUAUGUGGUACCUUCCGAAAUCAUCUCUGUAGUUGGUGGCUCGUCCCUGGGCGGCGCGACGGCCACGGCACCAGCUGGCGGUUUCGAGAACAGCGACCUUGCUGUAUACUUUACACAGCAUGCCUCAAUUGCAUCUCGAUCCCCAACGCGUGCCAUACCGAGUCCUACGAAAUCCGCUGGUCCCUCCUCUUCCAGAAAGCUCUCGACGGGAGCAAUUACCGGAAUUGCUGUGGGAGGCGGUAUCCUACUCAUUGCUGUGCUUCUAGGGGCGUCCUGCUGCAUUCGCCGGUAUAGACAAACUCACACAGGCGAACUUUCUCAAACGCAAUACGACCCCGCACCUCAAGGUCCUUAUUCUCAAAACGGACAGCAUUUUCAGCCUCAUCGCCAAAGCCAGCCUUAUCAACUACCGGCUGCGGUGCCCGUCGAGUUGUCCGCGAACAACUAUCAGAUGGAUCCAAAGUCCCAGCAAGUCCAUGAAUCACCACGCUACAGCGAGCGACAAGGCCAGCAACCAGUACCUCAUAUCUCACCUACGACUUCCCCACCCCAAUCUCCAAGUUAUAAUGAGUGGCACGCACACCCACCAAUAUCUUACAUCUCUCCCACAAUCUCCACGCAUCCUUCGGUUUUGACCGAUGGGACGCAAUGCAGUCCAUCGAAUACAACAGCGUGUGGGCCUCAGACCUCACCCGCCCCCACAUACUCGAGUCUUGGAAGAACAAGGAAGCUUGUUCCGCCAAAUCAGACGUAUUACUCACCUUGAUUAAUUUGCUAAGUUUUUGAGCGAUUCAUUUUCACGGGCGUUUCCAGGGGUCUUCACGAGAACAUGACAUAGGGUCUCAAAAUUGACAGCCGAGAGCCUGUAAUUACUGUAUACAACGGUCACGAAUGAAAUAUUUCCAACACG